GCUCCCGCGCGCCCUUGCGCGCGUAGCCGCCACCGCCGCCUGCCGGCCCCGCCCAGCCAACCCCCUUCCGGCGCGGACGCCCGGCCCCGCCCCAUCUCCGGACUGGCGCCGUAUCCGUCGCGAGCCCGCCCACACGCAUGCGCAGCUAUUCUGCGGCCCUGCAACGAUUUCCAGUCGCCUCUUCCGCCAGCCUCCGUAGGCUGUGGACGUUCUCGCUUACUGAGCGCGGGUCUUUGAGCUCCUUGCUCUUCUCUCGCUACAGACGUCCAAUCAUGAUGCGGUCAGCAACCGCAGGUGGGUUCUGUGUCAUCGCCUGCUCUGCUGGACAGAAAAGGCCUGGUACGAGAAGUGCCGAGAGGAAAGCCUGUCUAGGGUAUCCAGUGCUGGCCGAGGACCCUGCGCGCGGACUGGGACUGCGCUGGGCUCAGCUUUCCGGCAGACCCUCCACCCGGAGCGGUCCCGCGGCAUUUUGCACAGCCAUCUGGGAUGCCCAUGCCUGAACUUAAUGGCUUCACAGACCUUCCCCUCCCUCAUGGCUCCAGCCACAGCGGCUCAUUCCUGCCCCAGGGGCCCUGGCACCGGCUGUUUCCGAGACUUCCAACAGGUCUUCCCUUCUGAUUUUCACUUAAGAGACGCAUUCAAAUUCACUGCUUCAAAGCACUUCAGAAAGUCGUCAGAUCUUAAAAUCUUGAAUAACUAUUCUCAACCACACAUUUUCUCGUAGCGCUCACCACGAUCCGGUGUUUCUAGUUUCUCACCUUCCACAUAAAUUACAUGAGAACCUAAUCUUGACUUGUUCACAGGUGUAACCUGAACACCUGGGACAAGGAAUAGAUGUACAGUAAAUACUUGAUGAAUUAAUGAAUGGCCCACAUAGAAGCAGAAUGAUUAUUAAUUAUUAACAAGGUAUGAGGCUGGGCACGCUGGCUCAAGCCUGUACUCCCAGCACUUUGGGAGGCCGAGGCCGGCGGAUCAGCUGAGGUCAGUAGUUCGAGAGCAACCUAACCAACAUGGAGGAAACCCCGUCUCUACUAAAAAUACAAAAUUAGCCGGGCAUCGUUGUGGGCUCCUGUAAUCCCAGCUACUAGGGAGGCCGAGGCAGGAGAAUCGUUUGAAUCCGGGAGGCAGAGAUUAUGAUGAGCCGAGAUCGCGCCAUUGCACUCCAGCCUGGGCAAAGCGAAACUCCGUCUCAAAUAAUUAAUAAAUAAAUAAAUAAAUAAAACAAGAUAUGAUUGGCCAGGCACGGAGCAUUUUGGGAGGCUGAGACGGGAGGAUUGCUUGAGCCCAAAAGCUCUAGACCACCACCCCCUCCUGCCUCUACAAAAAAUAAAAAUAUCAGCUGGGCGUGGUGGUGCAAGCCUGUGGUCCUAGCCUCUUGGAAGUCUGAGUAGGGAAAAUCACUUGAACUGGGGAGAUCAAGACUGCAGUGACCUAUAAUCAAGCCGCUCCACUGCAGCCUGGGCAACAGAGCGAGACCCUGUUUCAGAGAAAUAAAAAGUAUAAUUGGCCAUAAUGGAGUUGUGAACAUAAUGCUAUAUGAUCUCAGAGAAGUAGUAACUAAUUGCUUGUAAGAAAGUGAGUAACUGCUGUUAGUUUUUGAGACCCUUGAAAAAUGAGGGCAUGUACAUAUUAUCAGGAUCUCCUAAGGACUGUGUUAUGGACAGUAAUACAUAUUAAAAAUAAAUAAAAUGAAUAGAAUGUGAUCAGGAGG